CCCGUCCCCGUCCUCCCUCCCUCCCCGCCGCGCCGCAUCUUGAAUGGAAACAUGGCGGUGCCGGCUCGGACCUGCGGCGCCUCCCGGCCCGGCCCGGCCUGGUGGCCCCCGCGCCCCCUCUUGCUGCUGCUGCUGCUCGUCCUCUUCCUCGUCGCCCCCGGAGCCUCUGCCUACAGCUUUCCCCAGCAGCACACGAUGCAACACUGGGCCCGGCGCCUGGAGCAGGAGAUUGACGGCGUGAUGCGGAUCUUUGGGGGUGUUCAGCAGCUCCGCGAGAUCUAUAAGGACAACCGAAAUCUGUUUGAGGUCCAGGAGAACGAGCCACAGAAGUUGGUGGAGAAAGUCGCAGGGGACAUCGAGAGCCUGCUGGACAGGAAGGUGCAGGCCCUGAAGAAUUUGGCCGAUGCUGCAGAGAACUUCCAGAAAUCCCACCGCUGGCAAGACAACAUCAAGGAGGACGACAUCUUAUACUACGAUGCCAAGGCUGAUGCGGAGCUGGACGACCCUGAGAUUGAGGAUAUGGAGAGGGGCUCCAAGGCCAGCACCCUGAGGCUGGACUUCAUUGAGGACUCAAACUUUAAGAACAAAGUCAACUAUUCCUACACAGCCGUGCAGAUCCCCACGGACAUCUACAAAGGCUCCACCGUCAUCCUCAACGAACUCAACUGGACAGAGGCCCUGGAGAACGUGUUCAUCGAGAACCGCAGGCAGGACCCCACGCUGCUGUGGCAGGUGUUCGGCAGCGCUACGGGGGUCACACGCUACUACCCAGCUACCCCAUGGCGAGCCCCCAAGAAAAUAGACCUGUAUGAUGUCCGGAGGAGACCCUGGUAUAUCCAGGGGGCCUCUUCACCCAAAGACAUGGUCAUCAUCGUGGAUGUGAGUGGCAGCGUGAGCGGCCUGACCCUGAAGCUGAUGAAGACGUCCGUCUGCGAAAUGUUGGACACACUCUCCGACGACGACUACGUGAACGUGGCCUCGUUCAACGAGAAGGCUCAGCCUAUAUCAUGCUUCACCCACUUGGUACAAGCCAAUGUGCGGAAUAAGAAGGUGUUCAAGGAAGCUGUGCAGGGGAUGGUGGCCAAGGGUACCACAGGCUACAAGGCCGGCUUCGAGUACGCCUUCGACCAGCUGCAGAACUCCAACAUCACCCGCGCCAACUGCAACAAGAUGAUCAUGAUGUUCACGGACGGCGGCGAGGACCGAGUGCAGGAUGUUUUUGAGAAAUACAAUUGGCCCAACCGGACGGUACGAGUCUUCACAUUCUCCGUGGGGCAACACAACUAUGAUGUGACGCCGCUGCAGUGGAUGGCCUGCACCAACAAAGGUUACUAUUUUGAGAUUCCUUCCAUUGGUGCCAUCCGCAUCAACACACAGGAAUAUCUGGAUGUGCUAGGACGACCCAUGGUUCUGGCAGGCAAGGAAGCCAAGCAAGUUCAGUGGACCAACGUGUAUGAGGAUGCGCUGGGGCUGGGAUUGGUGGUGACAGGGACCCUCCCUGUUUUCAAUCUGACACAGGAUGGCCCGGGGGAAAAGAAGAACCAGCUGAUCCUGGGUGUGAUGGGCAUCGAUGUGGCUCUGAAUGAUAUCAAGAGGCUGACGCCCAACUACACGCUUGGUGCCAACGGCUACGUAUUUGCCAUUGACCUGAACGGCUACGUCUUGCUGCACCCCAACCUUAAGCCCCAGACUACCAACUUCCGGGAGCCUGUGACCCUGGACUUCCUGGAUGCAGAACUGGAGGAUGAGAACAAGGAAGAGAUCCGUCGGAGCAUGAUCGAUGGCAACAAGGGCCACAGGCAGAUCCGAGCCUUGGUCAAGUCUCUGGAUGAGCGGUACAUAGAUGAGGUAAUGCGGAACUACACCUGGGUACCUAUACGGAGCACCAACUACAGCCUCGGGCUAGUGCUCCCGCCCUACAGCACUUUCUACCUCCAGGCCAACCUCAGUGACCAGAUCCUGCAGGUCAAGUUGCCAAUCAGCAAACUGAAGGAUUUUGAGUUCCUGCUCCCCAGCAGUUUUGAGUCUGAAGGACAUGUUUUCAUUGCUCCCAGAGAGUACUGCAAGGACCUGAAUGCCUCAGACAACAACACUGAGUUCCUGAAAAACUUCAUUGAGCUCAUGGAAAAAGUGACUCCAGACUCUAAGCAAUGUAACAACUUCCUCCUACACAAUCUGAUCCUGGACACAGGCAUCACACAGCAGCUGGUGGAGCGGGUGUGGCGGGACCAGGAUCUCAACACGUACAGCCUUCUGGCGGUGUUUGCCUCCACAGACGGCGGCAUCACACGUGUUUUCCCCAACAAGGCAGCUGAGGACUGGACAGAGAACCCCGAGCCUUUCAAUGCCAGCUUCUACCGGCGCAGCCUGGAUAACCACGGCUACAUCUUCAAACCCCCACACCAGGAUGCCCUGCUAAGGCCUGUGGAGCUGGAGAACAACACUGUGGGCAUCCUGGUCAGCACAGCUGUGGAGCUCAGCUUGGGUGGACGGACACUGAGACCAGCAGUGGUAGGUGUUAAACUGGACCUAGAAGCCUGGGCUGAGAAGUUCAAGGUGCUAGCUAGCAACCGAACCCAUCACGACCAGCCUCAGAAGCAGUGCGGCCCCAGCAGCCACUGUGAAAUGGACUGCGAGGUUAACAAUGAGGACCUGCUGUGUGUACUCAUUGACGAUGGGGGGUUCCUGGUGCUGUCAAAUCAGAAUCACCAGUGGGACCAGGUGGGCAGGUUCUUCAGUGAGGUGGAUGCCAACCUGAUGCUGGCCCUGUACAAUAACUCCUUCUAUGCCCGCAAGGAGUCCUACGACUACCAGGCCGCCUGUGCCCCCCAGCCUCCUGGCAACCUGGGUGCUGCACCCCGCGGUGUCUUUGUGCCCACCAUCGCAGACUUCCUUAACCUGGCCUGGUGGACCUCGGCCGCCGCCUGGUCCCUGUGCCAGCAGCUUCUCUACGGCCUCCUCUACCACAGCUGGUUCCAAGCAGACCCCGCGGAGGCCGAAGGGGGCCCCGAGGGGCGAGAGAGCAGCUGCGUCAUGAAGCAGACCCAGUACUACUUCGGCUCGGUCAACGUCUCCUACAACGCCAUCAUCGACUGCGGCAACUGUUCCAGGCUCUUCCACGCCCAGCGACUGGCCAACACCAACCUGCUCUUCGUGGUGGCGGAGAAGCCGCUGUGCAGCCAGUGCGAGGCGGGCCGGCUGCUGCAGAAGGAGACGCACUGCCCAGCGGACGGCCCGGAGCAGUGCGAGCUGGUGCAGAGGCCGCGGUACCGGAGGGGGCCGCACAUCUGCUUCGACUACAACGCGACGGAAGAUACCUCAGACUGCGGCCGCGGAGCGUCCUUCCCGCCGUCGCUGGGCGUCCUGGCGUCGCUGCAGCUGCUGCUGCUGCUCCUGGGCCUGCCUCCCCGGCCGCACCCCCAAGUCCACGCCCACCGCCGCUGAGCUCCCCGCCCGCCCG